UUGCAUAUAAUCGCAGUGCUAUAAUUUUUAUUUUCUGUAUUAUGAUUUAAUCUGAUUUCUUAUAGUAUUUUCAAUAAUAGAAUAAUAUAAUUUAUUCUUUGAAAUGGCUAAAAAUGGAGAUUCAAAUCCUUGUUUGCAGGAACAAAAAAUAUCUUUGAAAUGCUUACAAGAACACUUUGGAGAUAAAACUAAAUGUGAUCCGCAAAUAGAAAAUUAUAAAGACUGCAAAACAUUCUGGUAUAAUAUUUGCAAGGAACGAAAAGCCAAUAACAUAAAGCCAGUUUUGCCACCAUUAGAAGAACGGAUAAAAAUAAAAAAGGAAUAUUUGAGUUCUCACUAAAAUAAAAAUACAUUUUGUACCUAGUUUAUAAUAUUA